AUGUCAUGCGUCCACAGACUGUUGAGUGAUAUUGACGUUCUCUCUCAUCAUUCCUCUGUUUCGUCAGCUCUUCAGUUGAAAUUGCUGCAAGAUGAUCAGUGGCAUGCCGACUUGCAAGUUAAGGAUCCCUUUGCUGUUUACAAGUUAAAGGAACUAUUUGUGCUUCUUUUAACACUCGAUCCUGUGAGUGAAAUCAAACGCGAUUGGAUCACCCGCGCUUUGGCUCGCGUUGCGUCGCUGGCAGACUUAGACAUCAAUGCUGUGUAUCUCGAUGUGUUUCAUACCUUACUGAAACAGUUGCGCCACAAUCAAGCCCCGUUUGUUGAAGAUCAUCCAGGUCGAUUGCUUUUACAAGCGAUGAAUGCGCAUCCACAGUUGGAUGACUGGAUCCACCGCAGCUUGCAGACCCAGAAUACCCUCUACAUUAUACCUUUUUUGGUUUGCAUGAUAGAUGUUGUCAAGACAUUAGAUUCACUAAGCGGUCAAUCUGUUUGCUGUGACGCCGUGAUAUCAAGCUUGACCUCACAUUACGGCCAGAUAGGCAAGUAUUGGCAAGCCUCUCACAUCACGGCUGUCCGUAAAUCAAUGGAAUUGUCGAAACGCUUAUUACAGGCAUGUCCGACACCGAUCAUGGUAUCGGAACUUGUGACCAUGCUGCAUACAUAUAUUAAUUCUGUACGUCAACACUUGACCGAAUCAACGAUGGAACUUUUUCGAGAAUCGGAUCGUACCGAAUUCUUUUAUCAAGAUUUGAAUGUGAACAUCGUCGUUGAUCGCGAAUGUCUAAAGUCUGUCCUACAAAUGGUGAUUGCCAGCUGUCAGACAAUAGUAAUGCGAUACGACGACAAUCCAAAGCUGUGGCAAGAAUUUCAUCACAUUCUCCAAAACGCUCAAGAUGUGAAUGAUCCUAUGGUAUUGCUCGAAUGGAUUUUUGAUUUAUGCGGAAACAAUGAUGACGAUGCCGUUGAUUUACAAAUGCAAAUUUUGGCUAUUUAUGAACGAUUCACAGCGCACGAUGAGCCCCGGUUUAUGCAGCAAAUGCUACAGCAAUUGGAGAUCACGCCACACACUUUGUUCAUCUACUUUCUUUACCGAACCGGCACCGACCACGAGAUCCUGGUGGAUUUCCUCAUAUCGAACGAAACGGAGUUUCUUGCUUUUUUAAUUGCGUACCUCAGAUAUGUUGAUCAUCAUCUCCCAGAAUUUAUGGAAAGCUGUGAAAUGCUGGGUGAUGACGGUGUGGAUUUGAUCUAUCAUGUAUUUGAACGGUUACUUCAUGUGCUGGAGGCUGGAGGGUUCCCAUACAAUCCUGCUGCUCUUGCUCGGCGCAUCACCCAUUUGCUGGACCGAAUAUCUCAUACUCUAUGA